UUAGAACGAAACAGAGGCAAAGACAGAGGACGGAAAUUAUUUCUUUUUCAUUUAUAUUUUUAAAAUAAAUUAGAAAAUUAUUUCAUAGUGUUUAUGAAUUUACUAAAUAUUUCAAAAUCCAAAUCAACCUUCUCUAUUUGAAAAGUGAAAAUCUCCAAUACGAAUAAAUUUAAAACCCUCUUACGACAGAGCGAUUUCCUUGAAUACACUCAUACAUACCAAAACACAAAGUACGACGAAAAUAUACAGACAGACAGAAUUUUGUCAUCGAGAAUUUCGUGUGACGACCCUCAGACGACCAAGUGAAUAGUCGGAAAAUCCAAAUUUUCCAAGAAAAAAAAACCAUGAAUUCGGUUCAAGAAAAUUGCUCAACAAAGCCAUCAAAGAAAAAGACGAAAAACAAACGGAAGCGAUGCGUCGAGAAUGGAACUGGCAACGGCCAUGCAUCUGAAUCCCAGCAGACAGACACACUUACCGAUAAACUAAAGCAAAAUCUUCAUAUCACCUCUGCUGGAAAAGGGAGCAGCAUUAAAGAGCAACACAAUGGCACUGAUAGCCCCCACCACCAGCAGCAGAGUGAAUCAGAAUCCUUAACCAAUGGAGGACCAUCCUCCGAAAAUGGCCAUGAUGAGCCCAGAUUGAAUGGUGAUUGCAAUAUUAGUAAAAAUAGUAGAAAUCCUAAGGAAAGCAAUAGCUGUCACAGUAAUGGACAGAAUGAACCUCACAAUGAUGUGGUAAAGCAACAAGAGGUGGAGGAAGGGGCACAGGCCAAUGCCACUGGUUUGAGCAAUGGCAACAUUCAUCCUAAUAGUAGAAGAACUCCAUCACCACAGCCACAAGCUGUUCAGGAUGAUGGUGAAUCCAAGGAGAACAAUGACCAACAACAACAACUAUCACCAGUCAUCGCACAACCUGCCAUCAACUUAGAAAAUAUCCAAAUCGAAUAUAAAGAAUACGAGUCCGAGCUACAGAUGCAUGACAUAAUGCGUCUUAUACAGGCUGAACUCUCGGAGCCUUACUCGAUUUACACUUAUCGGUACUUCAUUUACAAUUGGCCGAAGCUGUGCUUCUUGGCCGCUCAUGGCAACGAGUACGUUGGAGCUAUUGUUUGCAAAUUGGACAUGCACAUGAAUGUAAAGAGGGGCUACAUUGCAAUGCUGGCGGUUCGACGGGAAUAUAGAAAAUUGAAAAUCGGUACAACACUCGUACAAAAAGCCAUAGAGGCAAUGCUGGCAGACAACGCCGACGAGGUUGUUCUCGAAACCGAGAUGCGCAACAUACCCGCACUGCGUCUCUACGAAAAUCUAGGUUUUGUCCGUGACAAAAGACUAUUUCGAUACUAUUUGAACGGUGUAGACGCCCUUCGACUUAAACUCUGGUUCAGAUGAGAUUGUAUUUAGGCCAAAACAUUGUAACAAAACUUAAAUUGAAAAUCCUAGACGAGCAAUAAACAGAUACAUGAACAAGGAAACUUAAUUUUUGAAAAAAAAAAAAAACAGGAAAAGCCAGCAAUGCACGACUGAGGAUGAGGGUGGAAAAAAAGCUGUUCAAAUUAUUCAAAGGCUCUCAAAUUGACAUUAUAUUGGUGUUUUGAAAAAUAAUAACUUUUUUUUGUACCGAAAAAAGCUUUCUUAGCUUGGUUUUUUUUUUUGUAACGUGUGCGUUUGUCUCUCUGAUUUUAAUAUUUAAGUUAAAAAAAUAAAAAAAGAAUUGAAACAGGCUUUUGCUUUCUUUAUCUAAGCCAUUUGGCUUAUUUUUUUCAAUAUUUUAAAAAUAACCAAAUUUAAUACUGCAUGGGGUCUUGUUCAUAAGUGUUUUAUUAUGCAUAUUUAUAAACAACAAAAAAAACAACAA